AUGUUCCUCAGUAACACGCAGCCAAGCGCUCUUCUGUCCGGAAAACAUGUUCCAGGCGAGGAAGCGCAGCUGCCUCGUGGAGAAUGCAGUUUUCUCCAGCCCGAGUCCGAGUCGAGCCGACACUCGCGUCAACGCUGCCCGUGUCGAAGCUUCUAUCCUGAUUCCCUCGUACGGUCCCGCUGUGGUUGCGGACACCAAGCAUGGCAUCACGAAACCCAGCCUCUCUCGGUAGUCUCGGUGGACCAGUUCGCACAAGUCGUGGAGCAAAUGAAGAUAUUGAAACAUGAGGUCCGGCGACGUGAGAGCGUGGAGGAAGAGCUUCGGAGGGAGCUUCUAAGAGAGAGAGCAGCACGAGAAGAGCACUUCAGGACCUACAAAGCACUAGAAGCGCGCCUAUACGAAAACAUGAGGCUGUUGAAAAUUACCAUGGACGACAGGGUGGAGGCCGUCGUUGAUCGAACAUCCGCGUUCGGUGAUCAGAUCAAGGCGGUUCAGGAGCGCUUGAUAAUGGUGGAUGAGGUGACUAUGGAAUUGGAGAACCGAGUCGACAAAGUGCAGCACACCGACGGUAUCCACAGGGACGAUACGCCUGUUGAUUCUACACCAAAGCCACAUGCUCCGACACCGAGCACGUCACCAGUUCCUCAACUUCCUCUGCUCAUGCAGUCGCAGCACAUGCUCGGCCAACUACCAAUACGUACCGAUAAAAAGUACCCCUUGUCUUGGAACGUCCGUGUCAUCUUCAUUCCCCGGAAGUCACAGAGAUUCGCAUUUGAUCCAGAUAGCACUGGCUAUAGGCGAUGUGCGUCGCGCAAGCUUCAGCAGAAUAUCGACUUUGCUGGUCAGGACAGUGCGUACUUUGUAGCUCGGGUCGAAGAGACGUUUAGGAGCCUCUUGCGCGGCAGAGCAUGGAUGCCAUUGGUGGGUCACCGUCCACCAGACGAACCAUUUGGUCGCAUGGCACUUACCAUGCUUCCACCUGAUCUGGUCCAUGUUGGCCUUUGGGACCAUGCUUUCGUGGAGGACCAUUGUAUUUCUCACGACAAGAUGCAGGGAGACGUUCUUUACAUCGCACUUCAGCAUGAAGACGUUACGUGGAACGAGAUUAGAUUCCUGCCGCCAGCUCUGGGUGCUGACGAGGCUUGCUGGGCGCAGGACGAAGAACUUGACGGCACAGUCACGUACAAGAGCCUGGACACUGAGAUCAUGUACGAUUGCCAGGAUCCUCCUCCCACAUAUUCAUCUCGAACUCACUCCAUGGCGGAUAGGGCGCCUUCGAAACUCGACGUACUCGCGGAUUCUGCUGCCAUGCUAAGCCCUAUUGAACGCAUACGGACACAGACAUCGAUCCACUCCACUAUGUUGAGGCCGUCUCUCGAGCGAACUCAUACGGCGUCUUCCUCACGUUCGACAAACCAUAGGUUCUCGUCUGAACAAAGCAGUCUUCGAAGUUUCGAUUCAGAGAUGGCUGACGACGAGCACCGCGACAAGAAGCCUAAGCUCAGACUAAAGGACAGCUCAGCCAACGCUAGUGGUACUAGCCAUGCGCAACACCCUAUGUACGUGUCAGGUCGCUCGAAACGGAAGAUGCCCGUGAAAGAAAAGGGUCAGAAGGAACCCCUCCACUUCAGUGUAACGAAUGUCGCCAAAUGGAGACCGAAUCUCCUUCACCCCCACUCGUCGAAGGGCAAAGAAGCCGCCCAUGGCCAGUAA